AUGGCUACUCCACGACAGCAACCGACAGAGGCCGAGUUGCUCGCAACUAGUGCUGGCUAUGUCAAGACUUUCCCAGCACCGGGACUUCGUCGAAAUGUCCGCAUUAUAACUGGGCAUAAUGCUGAGGGAAAGGGCAUCUUCGUAUCGACUGAUGAUGGCGAUCAUCAUCGUGUUAUUGGCAACGACCAAGCCCUUGCUAAUAUCAUUUACUCGACCAAAGAAACUCCUGUCGAAUUGAAUGGUGAUGCUGAUCUUAAAUAUGCCACGGAGAACGAGCCAGGAUUGCACAUACACAAUGGUUCCGUCGUGCGUAUGAUGGAUUUUGCUCCCAACGUUCUAUCGCCCAUGCAUCGUGCUGUCUCUCUCGACUACGGUAUCGUGAUCGAAGGUGAAUUCAAGCUCAUCCUCGACUCCGGAGAGGAGAAGAUCAUGCGCCAGGGCGAUGUGUGCGUGAAUCGUGCUACUGCCCAUCAAUGGCACAACGUUUCGGGCAACGGUACCCUGCCCGGCCGCAUGAUGUGGGUUCUCCUUGAUUGCAAGCCCAUUGUUAUCAACGGUCAGGAACUCAAGCAGGAACUCAACGAGCUUGCUCCAUACUAUGUCAAUAAGUAG